GGCAGCCUGCUCAGGAUAUUCCCUGGAAGGAGUAAUGGCUGGCGAGGAGUGACAGAGGGGAGGUUGAGAGUGCGACACACUCAGACCCGGGGAGCCUGAGACUCUGAGUGCAGCCGCUGCCAUGGAGCCAAGCACCCAGGCUCUGGAACUGUUGGGGCUGCUGCUGUGCGGGGGGGCCUGGCUGUGCUCGCUGGCCACCACGCUGAUGUCCUGCUGGCUGACGCUGUCCACCGAGCUGCUGGCCACCGAGACCUACGAGCUGGGGCUGUGGCAGACCUGCGUGGUGCAGGAGCUGGGCGUGCUGGAGUGCCGGCCGUACGACGGCCUGCUGGGCCUUCCUCCCGACAUCCAGCUGGCCCGCAUCCUCAUGUGCGUGGCGCUGGCCACCGGGCUGCUGGCGCUGCUGCUGGCCAUCCCCGGCGUGCACGCCAUCAACAGCUGCCACGGCCAGGUGCAGGACCGUCGCUGCAAGAGGGCGCUAAAGAUGGCUGGGGGGGUGCUGAGCGUGGUAGCCGGGAUCCUGGGGCUGGUCCCGGUGUCCUACAUCGCCCACCUCACGGUCGUACGCUUCUUCGACGAGUCGGUGCCCGAGGUGCUGCCGCGCUGGGAGUUCGGAGACGCUCUGUUCUGUGGCUGGACAGCGGGAGUUCUUCACCUGGUGGCCGGAACGCUGCUGCUGACUUCCUGUUUGUGUUUGCAGAAGGAAGACUGUAACACACCUGGCCACGUCCCCCUGGUGAGGGUGGGGGCGCAGCUGGGACGACCCCCCAUCAGGACCAAAUCUGUGUACGUCUGAGACCACGACCCAUCAGGGACGCCACCAGUCCACUUCCAAAUCUUCUCCAAUUUUAUUAUGUCACCUGGGUCAGUGGCAUCAGAGAACACAGCCACAGUAAAAAGGUUUGCUGAAUGAAGAACUCAGAAGUACAUUUAAAGGACAUUUAGAGAGGAAAAACUUUGUUCAAACAAAGAAAACAUUCCAUUUUUAUAAAACUAAUUCAGGCUUCCGUUGCUCCGAAGUGCAAAAGUGACAACAGAGAAUAAAAAGGUUUGUUUCCUCAAUGAAGUUCUGAAUCACAGAGUUUUGGAAGCUCGAUGAUAAAAGGGUCUAUUUUAAGAUCAUUAUUAAACCUUAAUUAAACCUUUUCACAGACAAAACAUAGCAAAUGUGAGUAAAAAUAGAUUCCCAAUUACAACUGCAAAGAUGAAUGGAUUAGUUAUCAACUAUUAAAUUAAUCUCCAACUAUUUGCAUAAUCGAUUAAUCAGUUUGAGUAAUU